GAGAAACACUCGACUUACCUAACUCUCCCCUUAACAUUUUUGAAACUUCAUCUUCUUCUUCUCUCCACCACAAACUACCAAAUUAACAAACAAUUUCUGGUAAUAAAAUGGAAGAAGUUGCAGUGGUGGGGAACAAGAAAGUGAUACUAAAGAACUACGUAGAUGGCAUUCCUACAGAAACAGACAUGGAAGUGAAGAUCGGAGAUACAAUUGAGCUCAAGGCACCAAAAGGAUCCUCUUGUUUCCUAGUCAAGAAUCUCUACUUGUCUUGUGAUCCUUACAUGAGAGGUCGUAUGCGCGAUUUUCACGGCUCCUACCUCCCUCCUUUUCUUCCUGGUCAACCUAUUGAAGGGUUUGGUUUAGCAAAGGUAAUAGAUUCUGAUGAUCCUAAUUACACACCAGGCGAGUUAAUCUGCGGGAUUACUGGUUGGGAAGAGUAUAGUUUGCUUCGUAGCUCAAAUGAGCUACAAUUGAGAAAGAUUCAGCUAGACGACGCCAUUCCACUUUCUUAUCAUCUUGGCCUUCUUGGAAUGGCUGGAUUUACAGCGUAUGCAGGGUUCUAUGAGAUAUGCUCUCCGAGAAAAGGGGAGAGUGUUUUUGUUUCUGCAGCUUCGGGAGCAGUGGGACAACUUGUUGGUCAGUUAGCUAAGUUGCAUGGCUGCUACGUUGUUGGGAGUGCUGGUAGUAAACAAAAGGUUGAUCUUCUUAAAAACAAGCUUGGGUUUGAUGAAGCAUUUAACUACAAGGAAGAGGCUGAUCUUGAUGCUGCUUUGAAGAGGUAUUUCCCGGAUGGGAUCAACAUCUACUUUGACAACGUAGGUGGAUCCAUGCUUGAUGCAGCGCUCCUUAACAUGAAGGUGCGUGGUAGAAUCGCGCUCUGUGGAAUGGUGUCUUUACAAAGCCUCUCAAGCUCAUCACAAGGAAUCAACAACUUGUACAACGCGAUCCCCAAGCGAGUUAGAUUAGAAGGGUUCUUGCAGAGCGAUUACGUCCAUAUUUUCCCACAGUUUCUUGAACAUGUUAAAGGUUAUUACAAGGAAGGGAAGAUUGUGUACAUCGAAGAUAUGUCAGAAGGCCUCGAGCUUGCUCCCGCUGCACUUGUCGGGUUGUUUUCUGGGAAAAAUGUUGGUAAACAGGUCGUUCGGGUUGCUAAUGAGUGAUAAGUAUAUUGCAGUGUUACGUUCUGAACAGACAUUUUAUGAAUAAAGUGGUGUUGUGCCUAACACCCCUUGCUGAUCAGGGUUAAAAAGGUUUUUCGCUAGCUGAAGAAGAUUUUUUCAUGAAUGUAGUAUUGUAGAUUCUAAUGAGCUUGCUUUGCAAAUAAACAAAAUAACAGAUAAUGUAUUCAUAAACAAUGUGACCGAUAGCUCAGCGAUGUUUGCUUAGGUUUUGUUCAUGUAUAAGCGAUGAACUCUCUAACUCAUCAACCAACAGCUCAACGAUGUCUUUCGACUCCUCUAUUGCACAGACAUCAUAAGUAUACUUCUCCAACAAUGUGCAAAGUAUCUUUUCUACUACCGUUGUAUCAAGUAUGUCUUCUCCCAAGUUUCCCAUGUUGUUAGCCACAACCAUCACUCUAGAGAAGUAAUAUGUGAUUGAGUCUCUCUUUUUUAUCUCCAGCACCUCGUACUUCUUUGGCAUUACUGUGAACUUUGGACCCUCUUAUUUCCUUGAGAUUUGUUCUUCAUCGAAUCCCAGAUGUUUUUUGUCGCGUCUUUCACAAUUGUUUUCAGGAUUGCUUUAUCAAUGUACGCAAAGAGAUAAUUAUUCACUUUUCAGGGUUUUUGAGAUUUUGUUCUUCUGGCUCCGUAGGAGU